GCGGCGAACCUCGGCGCAGACGUCAAGACCGCUGGCAGCAGCACGGCCAGCGAGAACAAACCCAAGCCCUGCUGCGUGUGCAAGGACGAAAAGGCCGCCCGCGACGAGUGCAUGCUCUUCUCCAACAGCGACAACGCGCAGCAAGAGUGCCAGGACCUCGUCGCGAAAUACAAGAGCUGCAUGGCUGGGUACGGUUUCAGCUUGCCUUGA